AUGGUCUAUUUUCAAAGUUCAUAUCUAAUUGUUGGUAAAAAUUUGGAAGAUCCAUUGUAUGAUGCAUCAGAAGAAGGGUUUGAAUCGGUUUUAGAUCACAAUGAUCACGACCUCGAAUCAGGAUGGGUUUUCCGAACUGCUCCAUCACCAUUAAGCAAAGAAGAGAUUGUCCGUUCAAUCGAGUUUCUCAACGCUAAUUACGAGAUUUUGAAUCUGGAUAAAUAUGGGCCUGUGGAAGACGUCAGAAUAGUGGUAGUCGUGCAGGUACACAAUCGUAUAGAAUAUUUAAAAAUUUUAAUUUCCACGCUCAAAGAAGCACGUUAUAUUCAAACUGUACUUUUGAUAUUUAGUCAUGAUUAUUCUUCUCCUGCUAUUAAUAAGCUAAUCAAGAGCAUAGAUUUUUGUAUGGUAAUGCAGAUAUUUUACCCUUAUAGUAUUCAGUUAUUUCCAAAUGUUUUUCCAGGACAGGAUCCUUCCGAUUGUCCAGAGAAAGCUACUAAAGAAGAGGCGGCAUUUUUAAAAUGCAAUAAUUGGGAAAAUUCGGAUAAAUAUGGACAUUUCCGUGUUGCAAAAUUUACACAAAUCAAGCAUCACUGGUGGUGGAAGAUAAACUACGUAUUCGAUGGCAUAAUGAAACAGUAUUCAUUAACGAAUGCUUGGGUAAUAAUGUUAGAAGAAGAUCAUUAUGUUGCACCAGAUUUUUUGCAUGUAAUGCAGUUAAUCGUAGACAAUAAACCUACGUUUUGUGUAGACUGUCAAGUGAUUAGUCUUGGAUUGUAUCUUAAGCAGUACGAUCAUUUUAAGACCGAUUUAGAUCGAUUAGCAAUUCAUCCAUGGUUUUCUUCUAAACAUAAUAUGGGAAUGGGUAUUAAUGUAAAUACUUGGGAACUGAUAAAGAAUUGCACAGAAUUAUUCUGUGAGUAUGAUGAUUACAAUUGGGAUUGGUCACUCUUACGUGUUAGUAUCAAGUGUUUGCCAUCGAGAUUGCGGGUUAUUGCUGUAAAAGCUCCACGUGUUAUACAUAUUGGUGAUUGUGGCGUACAUACCCAUCGAUGUGCUGUGCAUAAUGCAGCAGCAAUGGCUACUAAACUUUUUCACAGUGUUGUUCACUCAUUAUUUCCAAAGACGAUGGUUGUGUCGGAAAAUCUGAAGCGAACUUUAAAGCCUUCCAAAGAAAAUGGUGGAUGGGGUGAUAUUCGUGAUCACAAACUGUGUCUCAAAAAUUCAUAUGUACCUGAUCUUGCAGCUUUUGAUUUUGAUUUGGGUGGCGUUCACAGCAAGAUUGGUCAUGAAAAUAUCAGCCAACCUCUCAUCGUUCCUGUAUGA